AUGCUCAACGCCCAGUCGGGCACUGAGGACUACAUCGGAAACGCUCUCCGUCAGAAGUUCGCGAAACUCAAGAAGAACGCCACAGACCAGUAUGGCGACUUCGGUGCCGCUGCCAAUGCCGCUCCGACUCCGGCUAAGAAGACGACCAAGCGCAAGUCGGCCAGAAAGGAGGGCGACGAGGACAAAGAGGACGGCGAGGAGGAGUCUGCUGCCCCGAAGACCAAGAAGGCAAAGACGACCAAGAAGUCUGCCUCAGCAGCUCUCUUCUCUGAGGCGAUCGCUACUACCCACAUCGUCCUGCGGGGAAGACUGCAUCUCUCUUGGCCAGGACGCGGCACCGAGGACUACGCCGCCAACACUCUUCGUCAGAAGUUCGCGAAGAUGAAGAAGGCCUCUGAAGACUCGAACGGCAAUCUGCCAACCGCCGCUCCGACUCCAGCCAAGAAGACCACCAAGCGCAAGUCGGCCAAGAAGGAGGACGACGAGGGGGACGACACUGCUGCCCCAAGAGCAAGAAGGCGAAGACCGCCAAGAAGUCUGCUUCGGUCGUCGAGGAGGAUAACGAGUAGCGCUCUUCUCUGCCGCACUCCCUACAACAUACAUCUGCUUGCACUGGAAUGCAAGAGCGGCGUCACGGAAGAAGCAGUCAAGGACGUCUCUGAUGUCUGCGGCGAAUUGCACCUUUCUUCGCUCGGCCUCGAGGACUGGCCGUGGAAGGAAGUGACGACGUAUGAAAGAGACGGAGAAGAGGUGGAAGAGGAUGCAUGGGAACUCGAUUUCCCAUGCGUCUUCUUGCAUAUCCUCUCCGUCCCCUUCGUAUUUCUCCUCCUCCUUCCAUGGCCAGCACUUCAGGCCUCGCAAGAGACCACGCGGCUCGCCAAAGGUACUCAGGGCGGUCUUAUUCAUGCGGACUUUGGAGAACGUUGUCAUCUAGCGGCCUUUGGACAUUAG